CGCUGUGAUCAUGCAUUACCCGUAUGCUCUCGCUGCCGAGAUCGUGGCAUUUCCUCGCGAUGUUUCUAUCAUCCUGCGCCCUUGACGCGGGUCAAAGGACGCCGUAUUUUUCCGUUGGCGGAGGGAGUCCCUUUUGAUCGAGCCCCAUCAACAAGGAAUGCGAAUGCGAAUUUGAAUGAGACAGCCGAUCUCAACGUGUCAAACGCAGGAGAAGAAAGCUCCUCCGAGCACACCGCAUCUCGUACCGCAUCUCGUACCCAGCCACUGCUAGCUGGGUAUUUCGGCCCAACGAGCUUCGUAUCGCCACUGACCGAAGAUGUCGACUUGGGCGCAGGCGGCGGUCUGGGUCUGGAUAUCGUAUCUACACAAAGAGUCCUACCACCGUACUGGGUCCACAAGAUCUCCGAAGUUCUAUUAACACUAAGCGACUUCGCCACAGCCGAGACCUUAAUCCGCGAGUUUUACGCAGUCAGCCAAAGCGCGAUUAUCGCGGCGCCAUUUGUGCUCAACAGCCUUGGCCCGGUCAAAGAGAUGUGCAAAGACAGCAUCUCCGACCACAAUUUCGAUGAUUUCACAUCCUCACUGACAGUGCGCAUAAUUCAAAACACAUCUGAGAUCUUCGAAGUUCCACCUACGACAAAAGGGCGGGACUUCCAUACUUUGUUUACGGGACCAGCCAUUCGCCUCGAGAUCAUUGGACUGCUAUGCGCUCUCACGGGUCGGGCGAGAUACCUAGGGGUCGCUGGUGACAGGUCCGAUGAGGCCCGGACUACGCGGUCUGAAUAUGCGCGUAAAAUGCUUGCAGCCAGUGAUGCUGCACUGCACAUCUGCAAGAUUCUUACGCCGCUCAAUGAUCUGACAAUAUGGCUGGUACAUGAAAAUCUCCUGCUAUCUGAUCUAGUCAAUGGCGACUCAAGUCCCUCGUGCUGGAACAGACUAGGCGAGCUAUCCACCGACAUUUUCGCACUUGGUCUCCACCGCGACAUCAAGACCUCGAACGAUUUACCCGAAUUCCUGCUAGAGUCACGUCGCAGACAAUUUGCCGCAGCAUACCAGCUCGACAAAAGCAUCGCCACGUUUUUAGGUAGACCGCCAAGAAUACCCUGGCGAUACGCCGAUUGUCGCCUGCCCCUAGAUAUCAGCGACGAGGCACUCGCCACCGCAGACACGGCGCUGAAUUACUCCCCCGACGAUAUUGACGAAAAUGGGUGGAGUAUUCACGGAGUCGUCCAACGAUCCUCUUGGAUCCGAGUAAGGUUCAUCAUCAGCACAUUCCGGGACGAGAUCCUCGAGGUCUCUCUGCAGAGGGUGACGCCGGAGUUGAAAAAUAUGCUUGACGAUAUCUCGCGACGAUGUCACAUAGCAUGGGAAUCUCUGCCCUCCUGUCUACGCUACAGCCCUGAAUGCUGGGAUCGAAACCUGCCCAUAGCAGUAUGCCUCAUGAUGAUCGUCUCAUAUCUAGCAUAUCUAUACAACGACUUCCUCAUUCAGCGCCUGAUAGCCGGAAAGAACAAUCCACGCGGAAAUCCCGCCUUGAUCUCCGUGAGCGCCAGAAUCUUAUCAACGGUCCUGACAUUAGGCUCGCAGCGCGAACAAAUGGUUGAUCUCCGGCCGGAUUUUACAUGGACGGUCCUGCUUUACGGCUUCCCAAGUGCCAGUCUCCUCAUCAAAGCCCUACAGCAUCAAAGACGCACAGGCGAGCCGUUCCUGUAUGAAGCGUCGAGGUCGGCGCUUAUUCGCAAUCUGAGUGUUUUUAUCUCGCAUCUGGAGUCAAUUGUUCGCCCAGAUAAUGCCAAUUACGCUCUAUUUCAACGGGCUAGUCAGGUUUUCUCGAAAAUUAUCGAUGAGGUCUUGGAGCCGCAGUCUGUCGUUCCGGAGUCUGAUCUCGGAAACGCUGAUCUCAUUGACUUUGAUCCGAUGAUUGAAGUCGAUGGCCUGGAUUUGUUUAAUAAUAUGGACUUUGGGGUUGCGUUCAACCAGUGGCUAUUCUGA